AAGCACCAGGUGACUCGCUUUUCCUCCCAAUUCCAAAACGGAACCAACAACAUUCAUUACGGUGUGUCGCAUAAUUAUCUGCUAGAUAAACAUGUGUACGGCGAACUGUUUACCUCAGAUACUUUUUUAGCCCAAUUUUGACCUACAUCGUGCAUUACCUUCGGUACUCUUUAUUCGUUUUCUUCCUCUCUUUCUCAACGGUCGUUUGUGGGGCAGACAAAUCAAUGUGGUGAUCUGUGAUUGUACGGUGUUCCAUUUAAUAUCAAUCGUGCGCUAUUGAGGAUGUAUCGUUCGAUCUCUAUUGGUCUGUCGGAUUUUAUUAGAAAUCGCAACACUGAUGAGGAGCCGAGAGAAGAAAACCAGCCAAUCCCGUCGGGGCUUCAGUGUAAAAGUUGAAGCAGUCCAACAAUCUAAACCAAUCAAAAUGGAGACGGAGGGAUGAAAAACGAAAGCAAUGUGAUCCACCCGCCGUUUCCACCAUGAACAAUCCGGUCAAAAGGCGAAAGAUCAUCCUUUUUCUGUUCACCCUGAAAUUAUUGACCAUCUACUACUUCUUCCGAUCUCGCUCAGCCGAAGAUGAUACAGAAACCCCGAUAUCUUCAUCGCUCAAACGUUGGCCAUCUCUACCCUCAUUCCGUCCCUGGCUACCGACCCCCGAUGUGCCCGUCGGAUCCUGCGAGGGGUAUUUCGGGAAUGGGUUCACCCAGCAAAUCACCGUCCUCGAAGAGAGUUCUGCCGGUUGGUUCAGGUGCUUCUACAGUGCGACUUUACAGACCUCGGUCUGCGAAGGCGGGGGCAUCCGGAUGGACCCGGAGAAGAUCUCUAUGUCGAAAGGCGACGAGUCGUUGGAGUCCGUCAUGGGUAGGAAAGAAGACGACGAACUGCCGGUGUUCCAUGACGGGGCUUUUGAGAUUGGCGUCUCAGAUGGAUCUCGCGCCGGAAGAAAUCUCGUGAACGAAGAGUUCCUGAACAAAUAUCUACCCAGAGGUAGUGAGAAUCGACAUACCAUGAGAGCAUUGAUGGCCUCCACUCGUUUAGUUGACGCAAAUAAGUUUCAGUGUUCUGAAUGGGUCGAGGAACCGACACUCUUGGUGACACGCUUCGAAUACGCAAACCUUUUUCAUACCUUGACAGAUUGGUACAGUGCAUACGUGGCCUCUAGAGUUGUCGGCCUACCUAGACGGCCUCAUGUGGUGUUCGUGGAUGGUCAUUGUCAGUCUGCAUUGGACGAAAUGUGGCGGGCCUUGUUUUCAAGCGUGAGGUUUGCCAAAAGCUUCGCUGGACCUGUUUGUUUUCGCCACGCAAUCCUCGUGCCUUUGGGAUACCAAACCGCCAUGUUCGAGGGCCUCGACGGAAGGAUAGACUGCUCUGGUGUCGCUUCAAACGAAACUGAGCAACACCUCAACACCAAAAAGACAGCUCGUCUAUCGGAAUUCGGGGAAAUGUUGAGGGCUGCUGUCGGUUUACCACCGAACGAACAUCGCUCGUCGUGGACUUCGGGUCACACCAUCCUCUUCAUCAGACGCGAGAACUACGUCGCCCACCCUCGCGCAACCGGAAAACUGGAGAGCAGGUUAAGCAACGAAAAGCAAAUUUUCACGUCCGUGAAGAGCUGGGCCGCCAAUUAUUCCGGCUGCAAAUUGAACGUGGUCAACGGACUCUUCGCUCAUAUGCACAUGGAAGAUCAAAUCGAGAUCAUCCAACAUUCCACCAUCAUUGUGGGUGCUCAUGGGGCCGGCUUGUCGCACAUCAUAUCCGCUCUCCCCAACACGUCGGUUCUUGAGAUCUUGAGUCCCAGCUACAGACGGCCUCAUUUCCGCCUCAUGGCCAAGUGGAAAGGGUUGAACUACCACCCUUUGUACCUGAAUAGUUCCUUCGCACACCCCGUCACUGUGAUCAAGGCGCUUGAUGACAUUGUAAAGGGUCUUGGUUGUUGAAGAUUUUCGGAUGCUGACCUAGAAUCUAUUUGGACUUAUUUUUGCUGAACGAAACCAGAGACAGGUGGGAAAAGAGGGGUGUGCUCGUUAGUCGAGAGCCGUAGGAAUGAAUGGGAUUAUGAAGCGCCAGUGACGUCAGCGGCAACGGGUUCGGAAUCGGGGACGGGGUCAGCGGCGUGGCGUGAGUUGCGAUAUAUCGAUUUUUAUGCAUUUAAACCUAUGGAAAAGGAUCGAUGGACAGGGUGUUUGCAGCGAACACCUUAAUAAUCGAUUCUUUACCAUAAGUUUAAAUGGCAUAACAAUCGAUACAUCGCAUUUCACGCCACGCCACUGGACGGGGUCCUUUAACCCAUGAGCCUUGUCCACAACUGUGUUGGCAUAUGCCUACGGAUCGUGAGUACACGUGCAGUUAUGGCGCUUAGUUUAGUUCAGCAGAAUGAAAAAUCUCGCUUUUCCAUUUCCCCAACAGGAAUUACGCCUACUUUUGCAUUAUUUCUUAUGCAGAUCUUCACGAGUACAUCCUAUCUUUCCCAGCUCUCUGGUUCCGUUUAACAAAAAUACGUUCAUUUAUGGGAAAGUUGAGACACCUCAAGUCCUGGACAUCACUUAUGACCAGAAAUAUUUUACGGUUAGUGACGUUUCCGUAAUGUUUUGUUCAACUCAUUCCCAGAUUCCUUUAAUACAUUCUCUCUUUGAAUGCGUUAGUUCUCAGUCAUGCCCCUAAUUUUCUAGUCUGCUUCUUUCUAGUUUGUAAUUUUUCCGACCGAUGAAAAUGUCAUUUUUCUUCUCGUUUUGACACCCUGGGAACGCAAAAUAUAGAAGCCAUUCGAAAAUGGAUUCUGUAUGUCUUCCUGUUCAAUAUUAUAAGACACCACGCUGACCUAGCUAUCCAAUCCAUACUUUUCGCUUAAUUGGACGUAUUUAUGCUAAAAGGGACUAUGUGUAUAGGGUUUGCAUGCGACAUAGUUCCUUUAAUUAUAAAUACAUCAAAUUGAUCGGUUAAGCGUGCUAAAGGAGCGUGCUGGGCUGCGAUAAAUUGCUAUACCUGAUCAAAUUAUUGCUACAGCAUUAGCAGAUUGUGUAUGUUGCCUAUCCACUAAUCGAAGGGGCUCAUUUAAUUGAAAUGUAUUGCAGUAUUUAAAUGAGUUACAAUUUCUUUUCAUUUUUUUUAAAUUGCCGGUGCCUGAUCGUCAGAUCGUUUGAAAUAGGCAUUCGUUGACCAAAUGAUGAUGUAAAAAUAUUGAAAUUUUGUUACAAAUUUAUUGCUACAUUUUCCG